AUGCUCGGCACACUCGUCCACCUUGGCUUCGACGCUCUUCUCCUAAGCGCCUUUCUCGCAGGCAUCAAGCGUACCACGGGUCUGACACCGCGGUUGUCGGAUGUUCCCAACAAAGACGUCCGCCAACUCCUGCGGUCUUAUCUCGAAUUCGGGGAAUACGUUUUUGACUUUGCCGUAGUCAUUUUCGGCAGGUCAUCGUCAUUUGAGAGGAGACGAGACUGA